AUGCAAUUCAUCAAGGAGCAUUCAAGCAUACCAGUUCCCCGGGUUUAUGCUUAUGAACUCGAGCUUGACGACAAGAAUACAGUGGGUAACACAUUCAUAUUGAUGGAGGUUCUCCCUGGCAGUGUCGCUAUGGACACCCUUGGCGGCCACAAAGCCCAUCGCGGCGUGAUACCAAAACAACACCGACCAAUAUUUUACCGCUCUGUUGCAAGAUGUCAUGUUCAGUUGGCUUCUUUGCGAUUUCCAAAAAUCGGGGCGAUAAUCCGUACCCACAACGGAGGAUACGAGUGUGGCCCUUUGCCAGGACUUGGUGGUCCAUUUGACACAGCAACUGCAUUCUUCGAGGCGUGGGCCGACAGCGUCAAGUUCAAGCAGAAUAAAGACACAAUCAAACACAUGAUGCAGAGAGCUCCAAUAUCAGCUGAACGAAUGCUGGCUAGUAUCGACAACUUCCCAUCACAGAUCAAAUCGAUGGCUAGCCGGCUGUCACUAUGUGACGAAGGGCCUUUCCCUCUAUCACACGAGGACUUUCUUCAUAGUAACAUCAUGGUGGAUGAGAAUACCUUCGAUGUGACGGGAAUUAUUGAUUGGGAAGGAGCUUGUACUGUUCCUAUUGAAUUUCUUACGUUCCCGGAUUUCCUCACAGCUAUGCCUAUGUCCUUCGAUCUGCCAGGGAAAUACGACCAAGAUGGGCAGCCAUUUGACGAGGAAGUACGAGAAGUGUGGCGUGAGCGAGAAGAGUACAUCGAAAUGGUAAAAUCUGCUGAGCUCAGCGAUAGCCUACUUUCAACCUGCCUCAGCAGUAAGAGGACCCAGGCUCUAGCUUAUUCGUAUGGAGCGUAUAGCUUUAUUGGAAAACUAGGUCUCUAUGAUCAAGUUGUGGCAUUUUUGGAGAGUGAGGAAGAGACCUCAGAUAAUGCAACUAAGGCUUCCGGGGUAUGA